AUGGGGCAAACGUGCUCAAAGAAGGCGAAUGCGGCUGCAUUGGAGGAACGGCGUAUUGACCGAGAGAGGCGACUUGGUAUCCUGCCAGCAUGUAGGCCAAACCUAACGUGUCGAUCCCAUCCAGAAGCACGGGAAAACAUGAGCUUGAACUUGAGCCAGAGUCAUGCUCCUAUUGGACAAAGAACUAGCCCUCUAUUGGAUAACAGGCCAGGGAUGUCGCAUAUGCACCCUAAAAGAGGUUUGGAUAGUAGCACAUCUUUAAUUGGACGUGCAUCACGGAAUACUGCUGCACGGCCAAGUCCUCAAUUGUUUCCUUUAGGUUUUAAUGCGCAUACGCCUACGCAACCGGGAAUGCACCUGCCAGCAACAACCACCCAGCCCCCGCUCAGCUACAUGGGAGGAACAAGACCUAAAAGGUUGGAUUGGGUGAAGCAAGGUGCAAAUGUGCAAAGAAACGGCGGUGACAAGAUGCAUCAAGGUUUUGUAAAAGAGGAUACAAAAAUUACUGUUAAGCCCAAAAUAAAACCCGUAGUAAGAUUGGCCUUGAAUCUACUCUGUGCGGAAGAGAUACAGUGUCGGGCAGAAAUCUCAACGGAGGCGAUGGCAAAAUUUAAGAGCUUGGAAGAGAAACUUGCCUCUAUUAAUGAGUUAGAGGCUGUUCGCAUAUCGGGUUUGGAACUUCUCAAGUUGCAAUCCAAAUCGCGUGAAGCUAUUGUUGAGCAGGAAAUGGGAGAACGACGUCUGUUGUUUUUUUGGAUGAAUCAAACCCUUGAAGAGGAUCGAUUGAAGGAUCUUAUUGAUGCAGCACAGAGGCGACAUAACACUUCCAUGUCUUCUUUUUCUUCGACUUCAAAUCGUGGAUCCAGAGUUUCCGCGACUUAUGAUAGGCAAAGUGUGCGGACAAACAAAAUGCGGAACAAGUCACUCAUGGAGCGUCCUGUUUAUCAUGAACAUGAUAAUGAAGAGGCGACGACAGAAAACGUAUCACUCAAGAAAGCGAUUGAUUAUUCAACGCCGGAUUUGCGACGGAUUGCUCCCGCUGAAGAAGACAUACAAAGUGAUGAUCUUAACCGCAAAAUAGGAAGACAAAUGUAUUUAAUGCGUCAAACUAUCCCCUCAUGCUCAUCGCAAAGCCUUCAUCUUGUGCCUGAUGCAUCUUCUAAUAAUCUUUGCUUAAGUAAGGAGCGUCCUGACCCGGAAUUUCGGCCAUUAGAACAAGGGUCGCCGCCCCGGUUGGCAAAUCUUCCGGAAGAAGAGCGUUCUGUGUCAUAUUCUAGAUCCACGUUUCUUGACCCAUUCAAGACGCCUCGAGGGAGAACACCUAUAGAAUUAAAAAACGAGAGUGAUUUGGCGAUGAAAAGGAGACUUGCAGCCCUUCUGAUGGUGUAG